GACCCCCCCGGCCGGCCCCGGGGAGCCCCAGCAGGCCACCCCCUCUCGGCUGAGCCAUGCGGCAUCUCCCGGUGCUGUCACCAGCAGAGCCAUGAGCAGCUGUCGCCACAAUGGGGGGGUGACACGUCCCCGCGUCCCCCUGCGCUCCUCCAGCCGCACCCCGCAGCCGCCGGACGGCGAAACGCAGCCGCUGCGCCCCAGCCCGCGUCUCCAGGUGGUGGUGUCCCAACCGGAGCAUCCCGUGGGGACCGAUCCCGGUCCCGCCGCGCUUCCCCCGGGACGGGAGGCGGCGGAGGAGCGGGCGGCGGAACCGCGGAGGAACCAGAACAUCGGCUACAAGCUGGGCCACCGGCGCGCGCUCUUCGAGAAGCGCAAACGCCUGAGCGACUACGCGCUCAUCUUCGGCAUGUUCGGCAUCGUGGUGAUGGUCACCGAGACCGAGCUCUCCUGGGGGGUCUACACCAAGGAAUCGUCGUACUCGUUCGCGCUCAAGUGUUUGAUCAGCCUCUCGACGCUGAUCCUGCUGGGGCUCAUCGUGAUGUACCACGCCAGGGAGAUCCAGCUCUUCAUGGUGGACAACGGCGCCGACGACUGGCGCAUCGCCAUGACCUACGAGCGCAUCUUCUUCAUCUCCCUGGAGCUGCUGGUGUGCGCCAUCCACCCCAUCCCCGGCCAGUACCUGUUCACCUGGACCGCCCGCCUGGCCUUCACCUACGCCGCCUCGGUGGCCCACGCCGACGUGGACAUCAUCCUGUCCAUCCCCAUGUUCCUGCGCCUCUACCUGAUCGGCCGCGUCAUGCUGCUGCACAGCAAGCUCUUCACCGACGCCUCCUCGCGCAGCAUCGGCGCCCUCAACAAGAUCAACUUCAACACCCGCUUCGUCAUGAAGACGCUCAUGACCAUCUGUCCCGGCACCGUGCUGCUGGUCUUCAGCAUCUCCUCCUGGAUCAUCGCCGCCUGGACCGUGCGCGUCUGCGAGAGGUACCACGACAAGCAGGAGGUGACCAGCAACUUCCUGGGGGCCAUGUGGCUGAUCUCCAUCACCUUCCUGUCCAUCGGCUACGGGGACAUGGUGCCACACACCUACUGCGGCAAGGGCGUGUGCCUGCUCACCGGCAUCAUGGGCGCCGGCUGCACCGCGCUGGUGGUGGCCGUGGUGGCCAGGAAGCUGGAGCUGACCAAAGCCGAGAAACACGUCCACAACUUCAUGAUGGACACGCAGCUCACCAAGCGGGUGAAAAACGCCGCUGCCAACGUGCUCAGGGAAACGUGGCUCAUCUACAAACACACCAAGCUGGUGAAGAAGAUCGACCACGCCAAAGUUCGGACCCACCAGCGUAAGUUCCUCCAAGCCAUCCAUCAAGCUCAGAAGCUGAGGAGUGUGAAGAUGGAGCAGCGCAAACUCAACGACCAGGCCAACACCUUGGUGGACCUGGCCAAGACCCAGACCGUGAUGUACGAGCUGGUGUCGGAGCUGCAGGAGCGGCACGAGGAGCUGGAGAAGCGCCUGGGGGCUCUGGAGGGGCAGCUGGAGGCGCUGGGGCUGAGCCUGCUGGCCCUGCCGGGGCUGGUGAGCCAAGCCCUGGGCCAGCAGCAGCCCCGGGGUGGCGAGCAGCAGCCCCGGGGUGGCGGGCAGCAGCCCCGGCCGGGCCAGCAGCAGCAGCAGCAGCAGCAGCGGGGGGAGCUGCUCGGGCCGUGGCCCCCCCGGCUCUGCUCGGCCACCGCCCCCUGCACGCCCCGCAGAGACCCCCCCCGAGCCGGCCCCGACAGCCCCCGGCCCGCCUCGGACAGCGGCUGA